GCUGCGCCAAGAGACUGCAAGCCUGUCUGACCGGCUCUCCGCAAGUGUCUCCAUCGCGACCGUUGCGCCAAGCCACCGGCCAGGCUCGCAGCGCCGCGACCUGCCUCGCCGGUACCAAUUGCCCCACCACCGGCCGUAGCAACUGUGUGUCCGGCCUCUCGUGCCAGCCGCAGUCGCCGCCGACCGGUUUCGUCAAGCCGACUUGCGCGCCCGGCGCUCCUGUGCCCCAGCGCCGGCUGCGUCCGAGUCCGGCGGCCGGGACCGCGUCGUCGUCGGCGCCGGCGCCAUCGCAGACGCCGGUUCUCGCCACCUCGCACACCUUCCGUCCUGCUUGCGGCGCCGCGCCAGAGCCUGCCGCGCCACAGACCGCCGCCUCGUGCGUCAGUCACCUGCCGACACCGUCGACGGUCAGAGGCUCGAGGCCGCCGGUCUUCUCGAGGCCACUCGUCCAGACACACUCUCACUCCCACCCUGUCAGUCCGUCUUCACACACACACUCGUUUGCCCCUUCUCUGGUGCCCCAACCCGGCGCCACUGCCCACGCCGCUCCUCUCCUCCCUGCACACCCCGUCGGCCUACCCCCUCUGCCCCGGGGGCCGCUGCCACCGUCGCCCUCGCCGUCGCCGUCGCCGUCGCCGUCGCCCUCUUUUUUCGUGGCUCGGCCUUGCAGCGCGGCCGACAAG